AUGUUAAAGUAUUCUGUAUUACAUGCAAAUAAGCAAUCGUUACAACGUUUGAUGUUAUCACGUUCCAUUUCAACUACAAUGGUACAAAAUAUCUUACAUAAAUUCCCUAUGGUAACAGAAAAUGGUGAGCACUAUUGGGCUCAUCAAGAAAAUUCAGUUCAUCAACAAAAUAGAUCAAAUUUUAAAGGUGAAACUUUUAAUUUACAAAAAAAUUUACCACCUUUACCUGUACCUGAAUUAAAUGAAACUUUAAAUAAAUAUUUACAAUCUGUGAAACCCUAUAUUAAUGGUAAUGAAGAAGCUUUACAAAGACAAGAAGCUUUAUGCAAAGAUUUAUUGCAUAAUCAAGGUCCCGUACUUCAACAAAGAUUAAUUGAAUAUGCUAAAGGGAAGCGUAAUUGGAUGUCUACUUUUUGGGAUAAUCAAGCUUAUUUAGAAUAUGAUGAUCCCGUUAUUCCUUAUGUGUCUUAUUUUUUCAGUCAUAAACCAUUACCUUCAACUCAUUCCAUUAUUCAAAAUGAUCCAUUAAUGAAAGCUACUGCUAUUAUUGUGACCGCAACUAAAUUUAUUGAAGCAAUUAAAGAUGAAUCUUUACCUGCUGAAUUAGUUAAAAAAAAUCCAUUUUGUAUGAAUAGUUUCCAAUUAAUGUUUAAUACUUCAAGAUUACCAGGUUCACCAAAGGACAAUCGUGAUACGAAUAUUUUUUACUCAAUCUAUGAAAAUAAUUUUAUUAUUGUCGCUUAUCAAGGGAAUUUCUACAAAAUUUUCACUCAUGAUAAAGAAUCUACUGAACCUUUAUCAUCUAAUCAAAUUUGGCAACAAUUAUAUUCUGUAGUAAAUGGUACUCGGGGACAAAAUGUUCGUGGUUCUCAGAAACAAAGUAAUGGAAUUGGAUCGUUAACAUCAUUACCAAGAGAUCAAUGGCGUACAGCUUACGCUGAAUUGAUUAAGGAUCCAAUCUCAAAGGAAUCCUUAGAGACUAUUCAUAAAUCAUCAUUCAUGAUAUGUUUAGAUUUAGAUAAAAAUCCUGUUACUUUAGAAGAAAAGUCAAGAAAUUGUUGGCAUGGGGAUGGAAUUAAUAGAUUUUAUGAUAAAUCCAUUCAAUUUUUUGUCACUGGGAAUGGUACUUCUGGUUUCCUUGGGGAACAUUCAAAGAUGGAUGGUACUCCAACUUUAUUUUUAAAUAAUUAUAUGUGUCAAGAAAUGACUAAAUUAAACCCUUCAGAAUUUGUUCAAGAGGUUAUCACACCAACAUCAUCCGAAGUUCUAUCUCCAACACCAUUGCCAUUCACUGUGAAUCCUUCCAUUCAAUCUCAUAUUACAAAUGCUAAGAAACAAUUCAAGGAUACCAUGGAUCAACAUAAUUUGAAAGUUUGGCAUUAUAAUAGAUACGGUAAGAAUUUUAUCAAAUCUCAUAAGAUGUCCCCAGAUGCUUAUCUACAACAAAUUGUUCAAUUAGCUGUCUAUAAAUAUUUAGGUAAACAAUUACCAACUUAUGAAGCUGCCUCGACAAGAAAAUUCUUUAAAGGUAGAACUGAAACUGGUCGUUCUGUUAGUGAAGCAUCUCAAAAAUUUGUACAAUCCUGGGAUAAACCAAACGUAUCGAAUGCUGAAAGAGUCAGAUUACUAAGAGAAUCCGCUGCUGCACAUGCUUCUUAUUUGAAAAUGGCUUCUGAAGGUCAAGGGGUCGAUCGUCACUUCUUUGGGUUAAAGAACAUGGUUAAUGCAGAACAACCAAACGAAACAGUCCCAGCAUUGUUCAAAGAUCCAUUGUUUAACUAUUCAUCUACAUGGUUAAUUUCUACCUCUCAACUAACCUCAGAAUAUUUUGAUGGAUAUGGUUGGUCCCAAGUUAAUGAUAUUGGAUUUGGUUUAGCUUAUAUGCUAAAUAAGGACUGGCUUCAUAUCAACAUUGUUAACAAGCCGGCUUUCAGUGGUUUAACUGUUGAAAGAAUGCAUUAUUAUUUGAAUAUAGCUGCUGAUGAAAUGGCUGAUGCUUUAAUUAAAGAAUCAACUACUGCCAAAUUAUGA